AUGGCGAGAAGAUAUAAUUCUCCGGCGAAUUCAAAGGAUUUCAUGCCAAACGGUUUCGAAUCUCACGGGAUGACUUACGGCGCUCAAUCGCCGGUGUUGUUUCAAUCGGACGGUGAGGUUGCCAAACCGACGACGACGACAACGAAAUUGGAGUUUUUGAACGGCGAAUUAGAGAAAUUAUGUGGAUCAUCGUUACAAACAGAAGCUCGAUUAUCGGCAAUGGAUGACAAACUCACACGGAUGAUAGAAUCAAUGGAGAGGAUUGUAGGGAGAGAGAUUGGUGGAGAAUCUCAAUCAUCUACGGUACCGGAAUCUUCACAUACUCCGAUCCAGGUACAUAACUCUCCUCUGGAACAGAACCGGGAAAAUUCAUGGUUAGGUUAUCGAUCUGGGCAAUUGAAUGUGGCUAAUAGAGAUAGUAUGCUCAAGAAGUUUGAGAUGCGUAUGUUCACGGGAAGGCAACCGUAUGUUUGGCUCAUUGAGUUUGAGAGAUUCUUUCACAUUGGCCGAUACUCCGAUGGUGAGAAACUAGCUUUGGUUGCACUGUAUUUGGAAGGCAACAUACGGAAGUGGUUCUAUUGGGAGUCGGGACGCAAGGGUUUUAAAGAUUGGUCAGAUUUCAAGAAGAAAUUGGUUUUGAUAUUUUCUGAAUCAAUUGAGAAUUUGGAUAUUGCCAACCAUGAGAUGCCAUCAUUUGAUGGAACUAUUCCGUAUGUGUGGCUUCAGAAAUUAGAGAGGUUCUUUCACAUCUACGACGAUAAAGCAAAACUUGGCUUGGCAUCUCUGCACUUGGAAGGAGUUGCUCGUAAAUGGUUCUAUCGUGAGCUGAGUAAAAGAAGAUUUCUGGAUUGGACUGACUUUAAAUGCAGGCUAAUGGCGAGGUUUGAUCCGGUUAAGAAUGAUUCUCCAUCAGAGGUGAAACUGAAAGAUGAAUCGGUUUCACGAAGAGAAGACGCUCAAGAGACAGAGUUUCAAGAGACAGAAUCGCUCUCACAAACUCAGAUUGAUACUGUUCAAGAAGCAGAGUCGUUGUCUCAUCAUGAAGCGCUUGAAACGGGAUCACUGAUGCAAGAUUAUGAUCCGAAUUCAAGCGGAGGAGCUGUUCAUGAAUCAGUUCCACUUAUAUCAGAAGCAAUUGCAUCACUCGGAGGAGCUGUUCACGAGCCAGAAUCACUAAAUCUACAUGUCAAUUAUGAGAAAUCUAGUGGUAGUGUGUCUUCUUUGGUACAGACUUGCUGCCUUACCCAUCCUGUUUCAGCUUCACCUAUGGAGCGCAGCAAUCCAACGAAUUAUGUGGUGGUUAGUGAGAUUGCAGUUGAAGAAAGUGUAAAGAUGCCUCAGAGUUGGACUCCUAGAUUGAAGCCUACGUAUACAUUUCAACUGUUUGCUUACAAGCUUAGAAGAGUUACAAAUAAGAACAUGCAAAGGAAGAAUCAUAAGACUUGGCGAUUCAAGUUCAAACGUGGAGCGGAAACUAAAGCCUUUCAUUCUGGUUUUCCAUAUGUCAAGAGGAUGCAAAACUCAUAUACGUUGUUUGAAGGAAUGUUCUUUGAAACACACAUACUACACCAGAGGAAGAUGAGUUUAUCUCCAACGUUUUGGAUGUUUAACUACACACCUAAGGUGUUAAGAAAGGGAGCUAUUCAAGUUUUCGAAGUUUCAAGUGAUAAGGUUGGAUUGAUGAGGAAGAGGACGCCACUUCACAACUUUAAUAUGCUGCAGCAUUUGAACACGUCUCCGUUUCGGUGCGAAAUGACGGCUUGUCACGACAGAGCGAAAGAAACGUCAAAGGAAUGGCCUGCAAGUGAGAACAACGAUGCUACUGAGAUGUUUCAGUUUCUGCAAAUCACAAAACCCGUAACUGUUACUUUGAGGUUAGCUCAGCCAAUAUCUACUGCUACUCAGGUGAAGGAUACAGAGAUUUGUAGCAUUCAGAGGCCAUCUUCUUCUGUCAGACGUUGGACUUUACAACUUGAUACUCAUUUGUGGCAUCGAUGGAAGAACAAGAUUGGGAUAUUACAGAUUGUUUCAGAACUGGUGCUGCCGAAAGUGGAUCUGUUUCAGGUUACAAGGUGGAUCGUUUUGCUUAAUGCAAGCUUGAGGUCAAGCUUGUUUUCAAGGGAGGGAGUAUACAAGGGACUAUCUACUUGUAUAUUAAUGGUAGAUGUGCAGAUUUGGUUGUUAUCAACAGCAAGUGAGUAUGAUAUUCUCAAGAGAAAUGCUAGAAAACAGAGGGAGAAGAAAAGGUUGAUUACACAUCUACUGCAAAUUCUGAUACAACAAGAGGAGAAAUGGAAAUCGUUUUACAAAUCAAGAAUGUUCAAGUAUAAACGAAUGGUGACUGGAUACAAAAGCUAUUCUGCAAUCAUAGGGACCAAGAGGCAGAGCUCAAAACUGUCACUAGCUCUUAAGUGGGAAGGAGUGUUGAAUUCAGUCUCAGCUGCCAUUGAUCCAGCGAAGGUCUUUCCGGUUGCUUGUGUUACAAUUCUAAACAGUAGAAGAGAGUGGCAGCCACUUGAGUUUGAUCUUGAAGGUUAUGGCUUCGGUUUUUUCAUACCAAGCUUGAGGGCAAGCUUGUUUUCGUUGGGGAAAGUAUUGAUAAGCUUCACCAAAAUAAGAAAUAGAAAGCAAAGUCUCUGGUUGAAGGAGAGGGUUUGCUGUUACUGA